AUGGCGCUGCCUUCUAACUGUACAAUCACAGGCUCCGGGGGCGGGACGACGCUCAACGAGCGCACGCGGAUGACGUUACGGGGGGCUGCUACUCAGGGAGGACGCUCCGUGAUCCCACCAGAAGCGGGACAAGAAGAUGGUGAGCACAAGGCCGAGGGUCCAAGACUUGGGCGAGGGGAGGGUCGGUUCAUUACGUCUGGAAGUGGCAGUGUGCGGCCCUGGGCUGUCCGCCUCCGCUCCGGGGUCCUUUCUAACCCCGCGCGGGGUGACCUCGCCCUGUUUCGGGGCCCUGCGUCCCGCACGUACCGUGGGAACCAAGCGGGUGAGCCUGGCAGUGUGGGCGGUGGUGCCCGCAAGAGAAUCGGUUUUCCUCGGAGCUUCCGGAUGUGUGACAGCGAGUGCCCAAAUUCCACGUCCCUAUCCGAGUCUGUGGUCUUUGAGGAUGUGGCUGUGGACUUCACUCUGGAAGAGUGGGCUUUACUGGAUCCUACUCAGAGGAAGCUCUAUAGAGACGUGAUGCUGGAAACCUUCAGAAACUUGGCCUCAGUAGUAAAACCAUAUGCGUGUAAAUUAUGUGGGAAAAGCUUCAGUUGUCGCCAGUCCUUUCAAACUCAUGAAAGAGCAUACACUAAGGAGAAACCCUAUGAAUGCAAGCAAUGUGGGAAAGCUUUCAGUUGGCCCAUAUCUUUACGAAGACAUGUGAGAAGGCACACUGGAGAGAAACCCUAUGAAUGUAACCAAUGUGGAAAAGUCUUUAGUUGGCCCAUAUCCUUAAAAAGACAUGUGAGAGUACACACUGGAGAAAAACCGUAUGAAUGCCAUCAAUGUGGGAAAGCUUUCAAAUGGCCCUUAUCCUUACGAAUACAUGUGAGUACACAUACUGGAGAGAAACGCCAUGAGUGUAAGCAAUGUGGAAAAGCCUUCAGUUGGCCUGUAUACUUACGAGCACACAUGAGAACGCAUUCGGGCGAGAAACCCUAUGAAUGCAAUCAGUGUGGGAAAGCUUUCAAAUGGCCAUUAUCCUUACGAACACAUAUGAGUAUACAUACUGGAGAGAAACUUUAUGAAUGUAAGCACUGUGGGAAAGUCUUCAGUUGGCCCAUACACUUAGAAGCACAUAUGAGAAUGCAUUCAGAUGAGAAACCCUAUGAAUGUAAGCAAUGUGGGAAAGCCUUCAAAUGGCCCUUAUCCUUGCGGGCACAUAUGACUACACACACUGGAGAAAAACCCUAUGAAUGUAAGCAAUGCAGGAAAGCCUUCAGUCAACUCUCAUAUCUUCGAGAACAUGUGAGAAUGCAUACUGGAAAGAAACCUUAUGACUGCAAGGAAUGUGGAAAAGCGUUCAAGUGGCCCUCAUCUUUACGAAAACAUACGAGAUUGCACACUGGAGAGAAACCCUAUGAAUGUAAGGAAUGUGGGAAAGCCUUCAAUUGGCCCAUAUCUUUACGAGCACAUAUAAGGAUGCACUCUGGCGAGAAACCCUAUGAAUGCAAGCAGUGUGGGAAAGCCUUCAAUUGGGCCAUGUCAUUACGAACACAUAUGAGCACACACACUGGAGAGAAACCCUAUGAAUGUAAGCAAUGUGAGAAAGCCUUUAACUGUCCUAAACAUUUACGAGAACAUAUGAGAACACAUUCAGGUGAGAAACCCUAUGAAUGCAAGCAAUGCAGGAAAGCCUUCAGUUACCUCCAAAACCUUCAAGCACAUAUGAAAACACACUCUGGCGAUAAGCCCUAUGAAUGCAAUCAGUGUGGGAAAACAUUCAAGUGGCCUUUAUCUUUACGAACACAUAUGAGUACCCAUACUGAUGAGAAACCCUAUGAAUGUAAACAGUGUGGGAAAGCUUUCAGUCAGCUCUCAUACCUUCGAGGACACUUGCGAAUGCAUACUGGAGAGAAACCUUAUAUAUGUAAGGAGUUUCACACCUUGAAGCUGGCUAUACACUGGUGCACCUCCUGCAAGAUCCCUGAGGGUGCCAAGGGGAGGCAUUGUAACUAA